GGCCAACAGUAGCAGCCUCUAAGCUUCGGAUGCCGUUACUCUUGUGAGCUUCCUUAUUCUUUGCUGUUAUUGUUUCCACUGGGGUUCACAUUUUGCUUCGUGUGUUCUGGAAGAAAAGAAUCAUGCAGAAGCUGGAUUCUGACGAGCAGGAAGGCAAAUACGGAGAGCCAAGUAAAUUUGAUCCGUCGUUUAAGGGCCCCAUUCAGAACAGGGGCUGCACGGACAUCAUUUGCUGCAUCAUCUUCAUCCUUGCCAUCAUUGGCUACUUUGCCGUGGGCCUUGUGGCGUGGUCCCAUGGCGAUCCCAGGAAGGUGAUCUACCCAACCAACAGCGAGGGGAAGUUCUGUGGGCAGGUUGGCACUCCCCUGGAGAAGAUGCCCUUCUUGUUCUAUUUCAACAUUAUGAAGUGUGCCAGUCCCCUUGUCUUGCUGGAGUUUCAGUGUCCAACACCCCAGAUCUGCGUGGAGUCCUGUCCAGACCGCUUUCUGACUCUGGUCAAGGCCUUCAGCAAUCCCAAGGACUUCUUGUACUACAAACAGUUCUGCAAACCUUUUUCGUUCACCCAGCCGAACAUACCACAGCUGCUGAAGGACCGAGUCUGUCCCGCCAUGAUCACGCCCAGCAGGCCCUUCUCCCAACGAUGCUUCCCAGCGCUCAAUAUCACGAAAGGCACCGUCGUCGUUGGAAGUAACACCACUUUUGAUGAUGGCCUUGGGAAAACCCGCAACGUCACUGAUCUUCUAGAAGGGGCCAAAAAAGCAAAUAUUGUUCAGGAUGCCCGACAAGUUGCUAUGAAGAUCUUUCAGGAUUAUACCAAGUCCUGGUACUGGAUUCUCCUUGCUCUUCUUAUCGCAAUGAUCACCAGUCUCCUCUUCAUUGUGCUGAUGCGCUUCCUGGCUGGGAUCAUGGUCGGGAUUAUGAUCAUCCUUGUCAUUGCUGUUGUGGGAUACGCCAUAUUCCACUGCUACAUGGAGUACGCGGCUUUGAAGGGCACUCCUGGAGCGGAUGUCAGCAUUAAGGACCUCGGCCUGCAGACGGACUUUGCUGUUUACCUGCAGCUGCGCCAGACCUGGUUGGCUUUUUUGAUUAUCCUAUGCAUUGUGGAGGUGGUCAUCAUCUUGCUUCUGAUUUUCCUGCGCAAGCGGAUCUGCAUUGCUAUUGCUUUGAUCAAGGAAGCCAGCAGGGCGAUUGGACACAUCAUGUCUUCCUUAUUUUAUCCACUCUUGACGUUUGCCCUCCUAUCACUGGUCGUUACCUACUGGGCCAUCACUGCUGUCUUUCUGUCCACCUCAAAUGAAGCCGUCUACAAAGUGUUUGACAAUGAGACUCUGUGCAACUACACCCGGACCACCUGUAACCCCGAGACCUUCAAUACCUCUGACAUUAGUAAGCAGUGCCCCCUGGCACAGUGUUUGUUUGCAUUCUACGGUGGCGAGACGCCUUAUCACAGAUUUCUCAUCUUCUUCCAAUUCUACAACGUCUUCAUGUUCUUUUGGUGCUGCAACUUUGUCAUUGCACUUGGACAAGUGACUCUGGCAGGAGCCUUUGCAUCUUACUACUGGGCGUUCAAGAAACCCGAUGACAUCCCCUCGACCCCAGUCUUCUCCUCGAUGGGAAGAGCUUUGAGGUAUCACACAGGCUCCUUGGCAUUUGGCUCCCUCAUUCUGGCUAUCGUGCAGACCAUCCGGGUGUUGCUGGAAUACCUGGACCACAAACUCCAAGGUACCCAAAACAAAUUUACCAAGUUCCUCAUGGCAUGUCUUAAGUGCUGUUUCUGGUGCCUGGAGAAGUUUAUUAAGUUCCUGAACAGAAACGCUUACAUCAUGAUUGCAAUCUACGGAAAGAAUUUUUGCACUGCUGCCAAAGAUGCUUUUUUCCUUCUGAUGAGGAACAUUAUCAGGGUGGUGGUUCUCGAUAAAGUCACAGACUUCCUCUUCUUCUUGGGGAAGUUGCUUAUCGUUGGAAGUGUGGGAGUUCUGUCUUUCUUCUUCUUCUCGGGACGGAUAUCUUUGGUCAAGGAUACUGCACCCCAGCUCAAUUAUUACUGGGUCCCAAUUUUGACAGUAAUAGUGGCAUCCUACUUCAUUGCUCAUGGCUUCUUCAGCGUCUAUGGAAUGUGUAUUGACACCCUGUUCCUUUGCUUCUUGGAAGAUCUUGAACGGAACGACGGCUCAUCUGAAAAACCCUACUUCAUGCCCGAAUCCCUCCUCCGCGUCCUCAAAAAGAAAAACGAAGGAAAUACGACCAGCAAAUAAGACCCACAGACAUCUCCCCAAUGACCCAACUGCUGUGCCAGGGAGGCCCGGUGCCACGCAGGAUGAACACUUGGGGGGGUACAUCUUUAAAAUGCACAGUCGCAUACUCCGUUUUGGCCAUAAUAGAAGUUACGAAUGCACAGCUGAGACAUUCCCGAAAUGUCAUUCUGGGCUCGUUUUGUCUCUGAACGAGGACGCGCAUAUCUUGGCAGCAGGAUUCAGAAACGGAGAUGAUUUUCUGCUCUCGUUUUGACUCUUCUAAUUUUGUUUUUAUUUUUUAUCUCCUUCCUAGCAAGCCAAAGAAAUUCUAUGAAGCUUGCAGAGAUGUGUUCAGGAUCGCGCGUUACAGCGUGGCCUGCUACCCUUGUGUAGAGUUUCAAAUUGUUUGAGGCUUCCAUAUUUAUAGUAAAGCCUAGCGAAUUAUAUAACUUUAUAUAUAAUUUUUUUUUUCUUUACAUUUGACGUACUUUAUUUUCUGCCUUUUGAAGGUUUGGCCCACGUUUUUGUGACGAUGGCCCAUUUCCACUCUGUUGACUUUUCAAGACUUUGCUAAUAUUCUGUUCAAAGUGAACCCAACCCUCAGACUGGGAAACCUUUUAUCUGGCAGUUUAGCCCUGGAAGGACCUUUGACGGUUGUGCCCGAGACGGACUCCUUGACCGUGGGGUGGCAUGGAAGGUGGGUGGGGGGGUUGGUCAGGGUGGAUACCCCCCAGUGUUGGUGUCACUGAAGCUUUGGGUUUUUCUGCUCCUCUUCUUUGUCAGUGGGAAUAACUCUGCUUUUCUGCAAUUUUCAUUUUUCUUUUAUUAACUUUGUGUUUUUACUAUGUCUAGUCCGGAGUAUACAUCAAUUAGCACGUUUCCAAUGUCUUUAACGUACAUGGAGCCACACGGUUUAGCUUGCUUCAAGCAAAUAACCACUUUUGCGAAAAUGGGAACACAAGCGUUAAAGAUGGGGCCGCCCAUACGGGAAGACGAGGGUAGCGGCAGCUAAGCAAACAAAUUGGUUUGCGCACUUUAGAUGGUGGGUGGGCAUAAAAAACAACUCUAAACAUUUUGUGAUGUGGUGAAUGAUGGGUAAAAAAAAAAAAAAAAAAAGUUCUGAGCAUUUCAUAUUUAAAGGAAAAUGUCGACUCCUGGGGGACAAAGUGCCGCCAGUCUGAAAGUUGUGUUGGAUUUCAUUUUCUUUUUUUUAAGUGACUUUUUUCACGUCAUGCAUGUUUUGUUGUGCGGAAUUUCUGUGUAAACUUUUUUCUUUUUAAAAAACGCGUUUUUUUACCAUUUCAGGACACUCCAGUGCCUAAUUGCAAUAUUAGCAUGAAGAAUA